AUGGCGGCUAUGAGUUUAUUGCAGCGCGCUUCGGUCACUGCGGUGACAGCUCUGUCUGGCCGCCGCCUUGGCACUCGACUCGGAUUCGGAGGCUUUCUCACCCGUGUCUUCCCGAAGACUGUUGGUGCGUGCUGGCCUUGGGAGAAAUCUACUUGCAUGAACUGUGUAAGACAGAGUAAUUUGGUAUUUCCAGCUCCUGUACGACACAGUGCAGACCAUGGGAAAAGACUGUUCGUGGUCAAACCUUCUUCAUUCUAUGACAGACGUUUUUUGAAAUUAUUGAAAUUCUACCUUUUGUUGACUGGAAUUCCAGUAGUAAUUGGCAUAACUCUGGUGAACGUAUUUAUUGGUGAAGCUGAAUUAGCAGAAAUUCCAGAAGGCUAUAUCCCAGAAUUUUGGGAGUAUUAUAAGGUUAAAGGAGCUGGAAGUUCGAAGACUUAUGCGCGAGAGAGGCGAUGGGCCCUGGUAUCAGUACCCAACCAGUGAUAAAGCACUUAUUGAUCAUUCUCCAAAAUCAACUCCUGACAACUAGUUUAUUGCUUCAGAUACAAAGUACGUUCCUCUUAAGUGGAAAUAAGUUGAUAAAUGUACCUGUCUUUUUGCUGUGUGAUGAAUAAAAGGAGCUUCUGCCAUGGCUUUGUUUCUCAGUGUUGGUUCAGAUGAAGGUUUUUGGUUCUGUGGUUUUUGGUUCUUUUAUUUUGUUAAAAAGUUUAAAAUGCAAUGAUAAAAACUGGAGAAAUUGUAAUUUUUGAUUUCCCUAAAUUUUGGUAGUAUUGACAGGUUUUUUUGGCAAAUGGAUGUUAAGAGAAGUCUUAACCGUAUUAACCCUUCAAUGUCUGCUGUUCCAUUUUUGGAACAUGCGUGACAGUGGAAUAUAAUAAAAUUCUUGCUCUUCAAA